CUUAGUUGAUGACGAAGAUGGCGCCAGUUGAUAAGAAGUCGGGCACCUCCUCCCGCGCAGAAGAAGUGCCUACGCCAUUCUCAUCUUGUUCUCAGGGAAAGAACAAAAAGAAGAGCUCUUCUCUUUAUUCUCUGCUCACGUUCUUAUCUGGGGGAAAGAAGAAAACUUCUGUGCUCCUGCAGUUGUGCCUGGUCGUAACUUGCGGAGGCCUCGUCCCCGUGGUGAGUGGAGUUCAACUCAAGAAGGCAGGCUUUGCCGGGGUAACUUU